AAGGUCGAAGAAAAUCAGUAUGCCCAUUCUCCUGAUUUCUUGAUCAUUCUCGGAAUCUUGCAGAGACACCCAGUCCGCGGAAACAGGACAUAUAAUUUCCCUUUCGCUUUCAUUUUGGCAUUACUUUUCUCAUGUUUUUGGAGCUUUUCCACCUCGGGGACAAAACCCAUAAAAAAGAAAGACUCGUCUCUUAGCCCAGCAAUUGAUAGCUUGUGACCCACCAUCAAAAUUAUGUUCAAAUUGAUCGAAGAGGUUUCUGCCGCUGAGUAAUCUAGAAAUGUAAAGCUUACUUAUGCAAUUUGAAGAAAUAAAAAAUUCAGGGAUGUUCAUACUUUUCUUGGAACUUCCCCUUUGCUUAGAAAUUGCUUCUGAAUCCUGAUAUAUUUUUGUUUUCUAGGUUUUCGAAACUGAUUUCUGACUGAAUUUUUUUUCUUCUUCUGAGACAGUGGUAACAAUUGGAAUUUGUUUGAACAAUGUCUGCUUAUGGGAGUGAAAUGGAGCACCAGUUCUCUACUCCGAGUCAUUCUACUGGAGGAAGUUCAGACAAUUCAGAUAUGGGAAGCAACUAUAUCAUAGAUUCGGGAUUCUACAUGACACCUUUGACAGCAGCAAUUUUCAUUGGUGCUCUAGUUACUGUCGGAGUGUUACUUAUCACUUUACUGGUCUCAUUGACUGUAAUGUUGCAAUAUUGUCAAAACAGAAGUGGAGGAGUUGUUGAGAUUCAGAAACUAAGUUUUGAUUAUGACUAUUGCAAAGCUCUAUCUAUGCAUUUGGAGCUAAACAGCUUGGAAACAGAUGGGAUACCUUCAUUUUGCAAGGACUUUGCCAUUCAAUACAUUAGACAUGGUCAAUAUGAAAGAGAUUUGGAUUCUACACUGCAGCUGGUCCACAAUUAUUUCUGUAGUGCUGCCAAAGUAGACAACCAUCGAGAAAUCGUGCUGAUGGACUUAGACGACCUUCUUUUCGCUAACCAUGAUUACGACGAUCUGUUAAUAUCCAGUAGUUGUGUGGAUGAGGCGAAGAGAUUGAAGCAAAACUUUCUUCUAAAACUGUACAAGAAACUCAGAUCUUGCAGAUGGCCUGUAACCUUAAUAUCAAGAAGGUCAGAAGUUCAUAGGAAUGCCACUAUUCAACAUCUUACUUCAGCCGGCUAUAAAGGUCGGCUCCACUUGAUUAUGAGAAUGGAUGACAAAAUGCAGAUCAGUCAUCGGGAAUAUUUCAGUCAGCAACAAGCAGCACUGCGGAACGAGGGAUUCCGCAUUGUAGGGGUGAUGAGCAGCUACAUGGAUGCCUUAUCAGUGCCAUCCGUAGGAACUCGUAUUUAUAAGCUUCCAAACCCCAUAAGUUUCAACAUCAACCAUCAAAAAUUGAGUAAACACAAAUUUAGAUAGUGAUCUCUACAGCUGGUUGAGGUUCUCACAAGUUAUCAUGUGUAAAAUAGUUGAAGAGAAAGCUCAUACAGUGGGAGAAGUUGCUAUGGAUUAUCAUGUUCAUGCCAUUCAAUCACAAUGAUGGGAGAGACAUUGCAAGUAACACAUUUCAUUCCGAUCCUACAUUUCUCAGCAUCGACACCGACGUGCAGGCGCCAGCAGCUCUUCAUCUGAGCUCAACAUCCAGCAGCAGCAGCAACUGUACAACAUUAUUUGCUAUAUUUUUUCCUCUUCUUCUCCAUGUUCAUACCAUUUCAACAAUUUCUUUGAUUGAUCUUUUCUGUUAUUCAAAUUGAAGACCUUUGUUUGACAC